AUCUGAUAUCCGUGUGAGGGUUCGUCUGUGCGGCGCCGUGCGAUGUCGUCAUCACUAGUGGACAGUGUUGUGAUUCUUGAAAUGUGGGAAGCGGUUGUGUCUUUAGUAGGUUCAUUAUAACGUCUUUCUCGUGAUUUAACCCCCAAGUCUUAAACAUGGCUGACUACUGGAAGUCACAACCGAGGAAGUUCUGUCAGUACUGCAAGUGUUGGAUUGCUGAUAAUAAGCCUAGUGUUGAGUUCCACGAAAGAGGGAAGAACCACAAAGAAAAUGUGGCUGCAAAAAUUUCAGAGAUUAAAAAGAAGAGCAUCGACAAGGCGAAGCAGGAGGAAAAACAGUCCAAAGCAUUCGCAGCGAUGGAGGAGGCUGCGAUGAAGGCGUAUCAGGAGGAUCUGAAGAGGAUGGAGAGGGAGGCAGCAGGUUUACCACCCAUAGAAACUCCAGAGCCAAGAGUGAAGCCACAGGUGAGACCUCAGGUGAAGCCACAGGGGAAUCCUCAGGCCAAACCACAGUCAAAAAAACAGCAGUUUAAAGGGAGAGCUAACAAGAAGCCCAGAGAGCAAACGGCACAGCAGGUUUGGGUCGAAGGAAGGUCAGAAGAUGGAAACACGUACUACUACAACACAAUAACCGGAGAAUCUCAAUGGGAAAACCCGGAGAGUUCCCAGGGAGAAAGUUCAGCCUCUGUUCAGGCUGUACAGCCUGAGAGCUCUUCUCCUUGGAUGGAAGCUGUUAGUCCUGAUGGUUAUACUUAUUACUACAACUCAGAGACUGGAGAGUCCAGCUGGGAGAAGCCAGCAGACUUCCCCUCCAAUGUGGCUUCUGGAUCAGAACCAACCAAGGAGGAAGAGUGUCCGGAAGAGCCUGCAACCCCUCAGCCGGAGUCACUCUCAGGAGGAGAGGAGAGCUCUAACGGGGCACCGCCAUCUCAGGAGGCUGAACCUCCUGAAGAAGCCAGUCAGCAGCCCAAAGUCCCAAAGAUCUCCUUCAGGAAAAGGAAAGCCGAAGCCGAGCCUGUGGAACAGGAGGAGGAGGAUAAAGCGAGUGACGACGCUCCUAAAGAAGACGCCGAAGAGACAAAAAAAGAGGAAAUGGUCCAAAGCGUGACAGCUGAACCUGAAGAGAAGAAAGAGGUGCCACAAAGUGUGACACAAGCCAAACGACCAAAAGCUACAAACCCAUACGGUACCUGGGAAAAGAUCCAGGAAGAGGAUGAUCCAUAUGCCAGUGUGGACUUACAGCUGCCUCAGGUGGAAGGAAGCGCGGCCAGCGCUGCAGGCGACCUGCCGCCGGAGCCGAAACCGAAGUUCAAGGAACGCAUCAUCACCUCGCUGGGAGACGAAGGCGGACCGGCUUCAUUCAGGAAAAACAAGACACAGAACGGCAAAAACAGGAGCCUUCGACAGAGAGACAACGACGACUGAGCCGGGCAGGAAAACUUAGAGCAUGAAUGCAGCAGAAUAAGACUUUGACACCAACACAGGAACCUUUAGAUGCAAAAUUUUGAAUUUGAAGCAUAUUAAAUGUAUUAGAAGACUGUGUAUUUUUUUUUAUACAUGAGAGCACAAGUAUCUUUUAUUUUUAAAACUGAUUUUAGGUAAAUCGGCCAGAGAAGGACGAGGUAAAGCCUAAUAAUGACGUCCAGAGGUCACAAUCAAUGUCACACUUUUACAGUCUUACUUUCCUUUGGACAAUAUUAUUUUUUAAAAGUCAGAACUGUGACUUCCAUCUUCCUUACAGAGCAACUCAUAACUUUUUCUAUUUUCAUAUCUGUACUUUUUUUUUACUCGGACAAGAAAAGGAGUAAGUUGUCUUUGUGGAAACAUUUCAAUAUCUGUCAGUUAAAAUGUUUCACUUUCAUAAAACAGUAUAAAUAUGAGUGAUUAAAGAUGAGAAUAUUCUAGAAGUGUCCUGGUAAUUGUCAGCAAAAUUAUUUCAAGAAUUAAACUAAAUAAUUUAU